AUGUUCACUUCCCGCUUCGCUAUCCUUACUCUGCUUACCUUCCUCGCUGGUGUCAACGCCAACGGGACAUGUGCAAUGUGCGAUGAUACUGUGGACUUUGAAGGUGUGGCGCUCUACACGCUAGCUAAUAGCACCGUCGAGACCAAUGGAUACACACUUUGCAAGCACCAAGGUGACAUGCGAGUAUUCGCUCAUUAUCUUCAUUUUGACACGCUUGCGGUUAUCAGAGCGACGGCGUAUACGUGGAUGGGGAUGAAUUGUGUCCGAGCACGGUGGGAAAUCAGCCUUGUCCGCAUGAUCGAGACGAGUGAGAGAAGGAAAGAAGAGAUUAAGUGUACAGAGACGGGAGGAGCUGCCUAA